UGAUUUCGAGACUUCCGGCAAGACCUGAGGUUGGAGCUUGUUGAUGCAGUUUUGACAUACCACGCAAAAACUCGAGUGUGUUGACAGAUCCACAUGAUGCUUGUCUGGCCUGACUCACUCCAGUGUGUUGACAGAUCCACAUGAUGCGAUAUGACGACAUCCAGCAGCUCGAGCCCCAACAACUGUUCCAUAUGUCUCGACCCCUUCAACUCUCCUGCCGCCUGCAUCCCCUGCGGCCACGUGUUCUGCAACCUCUGCAUCAACCAGUGGUACUCCAACAGCAGGGGCGGAGCACACGGCAUGUGCCCCCAGUGUCGUACAUCCAUCCUCUCCAUUCAGACCCUUCGCAUCGAUGAUGGCAACAUUUCCAUACACCAUUCUUCUGUCGGGGCCCGGAUUGUGAAUUUCUUCUACCAGCAGUGGUUCACUCUCACACGUAGUGUGCAUGACCUCGCUGCAGAAAUCCCCACCAGUGUCACAGAACUGGAGCAGGCUGCGGAGAGGUACCAGUUACCGAAUAUUGUCCAGGUGGCGCGGAGGAUCCGGAGAUUGCCAGCCACCAUGCUGCUGUCUUGGUUCAAUCUGGGCCCGGACGUCCAGCUCUUUACCCUCCUGAUCCUCAUCCUGCUCGCCUCCCUCCUCAUCAAGGAUCUCCAGAACCCGGUCGGUCUCUUCCACAACUGUGUCUUCCCCAUCACCAGCCUAUGCAAGGACAUCGUCCGCGAGACCCUGUGUUGUCUCCUGCUGGUCAUCUGUCGGCCGCUCGUCUGUGUCGGGCAGUGCAUUCUGGAAGUUCUCUUGGCAUUGUGGGACAUCUUUUUCGGAAUGAUCGUCUCGGUGACGUUGGUGACUUACUACACAGCACUGAUUCCCUGCGUUGUGCUAGGUGCUGUGAUAGAGUGGACAUGUGCUCUUGUCAUAUUUCUUUCGGAGACUUUUAUCGCACUGUUACGCCUCGCGUUUAUCAUGGCGCUGGUUCUUGUUCCAGGAUAUUUUGCUCAAACAACGGAAGAACAAAGGAGCGAAUAUUUUCAAAAUUUCGUGACAAUCAUGCAGACUGUUCGUGACCGAUACCAAGUGUACAUGACCAGUCUUCAGGACAGAUAUAUCAAUGCUGGAUAAGUUUGUUGGGGAGUUUUUGAAGCAGGUUUCACUGACAGUUCUGUUAUAUUUCUUGGUUCAUGAAAUUCCUCAGGUAGUGUAAUUUAAAGCUUAUUUUUACAUUUUAUCUUUUCAAACAUGAUGCAAAAAAUCCAUGCUGCUUUUGAUCAUUUAUGGGAGUGAGAUGUCAUCGGGUUAUGUUCAUUACUCUCAUUACUUUGUAUUUUUAUCACGUCUUUCUCAGAGGCCAGGUUGUUUUCCUUCCCAAACGGUUGCCUGAAGUUUGUGCCAUAUUUAUCAAUCCUGUCAUACUGGUGAUACAAGUUAUUACUGUAUUACAUGUUUAUGGUGUUGGCAGGUGUGGAAACAGAGUUACCUCCCUUUAGUAAAAUAUCAAAUGUGCUCACAGGACCUAUAAUUGUUCAGUGAUUAUUUGUCAUAUUUGUAAAGAUAUUAUUUUCACAUUUCAUUUUACAACAGAAAUAUUUUAACUGUGAAGUAUCAUUUUGAUCUUAUCUUUUAAGAAUGAAAUAUUUUAUCUGCACGAACCAAAUAUGUUCAAAUGAUUUUGUUAUUCUAGUUUCAUGUUUGGGGUUUAGACCUGAAAACCAGUUUAAAGAAAAGCAUAACUUCUUUGAGAGGCAUUUAGAAGUUGGAGCAGUAAGGAAGGAUAACAAUAUAUGGAUGAAUAAGGAAACUAAUACAGAACUUGUUCAUACAUGUAUCUUUCUCUUUCCUUAACGAAAAGCUUAUCUUACAAUUUGUUAAAGAUUUGAAGAGCAGCCAAAGUUUACAAAUGUAUCAAGUUUGUGAACGAUUGUUGUGAUGCAGCAAGAUUGUUGUCUUGGGCCUGGGUUUUCAGAGCGAUCAUAGUGUGACAAUGUUAAGUCUGUACUGAAGUAUAGCAUGACAUGGAACCUUGGAUAUUAAAUUGGUGGAAUAGUA